UGCCAGCUCCCUGGCGAACACAGGGCCAGCGCCUCGACAGAGAGAGAGACAGAAAGAGGAAGAGAUCAGAUUCUGUGGGCAACCGACUAUGGUCGUUACGACAAUGCAUCGAGGUUUCUAUGAUGGACUUUACUGGCUGUCCCAGGACUGGAUAUCUCUGCCGUCUCGGAUCCAGGAUGUGCUUUGGGUUACUCAGGGUGUCUACUACCCCAUUCUGGCUAUCGUUGGAGUUCCAAUGAACACAGUGACGCUCGUGAUCCUCUCUCGCAAAAAGUGCGGUCUCUCCAAAUGUGUCACCUCUUACCUGGUGGCCAUGGCAGCGACAGACCUAAUGAUCAUUAUCGUCGACUUGAUAUUGAGACACAUGCCAAUGGUUUAUCAUAUCCAUUUUAUCUUCCUGUAUUCCGUCCCUGUGUGUAACAUCCACGCCGUCCUGCUGUAUGCAGUCACUGACUGUUCUGUCUGGUUCACCGUCACUUUCACCUUUGAUCGCUUUUUGGCCAUUUGUUGCCACAAGCUGAAAAGUAAAUAUUGCAAAGAGAAAACGGCGGCUGUGGUUCUGGGCACAGUGUCUGUGCUGAGCUGUUUAAAGAACACUUUCUGGUAUUUUAUGCUCACAGCUCACUAUUGGCUGAUGAACAGGCCUUGGUUUUGCCGUGUAACCAAUGACGUUCGGGAAUCUCGGUUCUGGGUCAUCAUCGAGUUUCUCCAUCACAUUCUCACCCCGGCUCUCCCGUUCGUCCUGAUUCUGCUGCUCAAUGUUUUCACCGUCCGGCACAUUCUCGUGACCAGCCGAGCCCGUGGGAGGCUCAUUGGUCAAAGUGCCAGAGACCCAGAAAUGGAGAGCCGAAGGAAAUCCAUCAUUUUACUCUUUGUUAUCUCAGCAAAUUUCAUCCUGUUGUGGUCAAUGAUAAUGGUCUACUCAAUAUGGAACAGAAUGUUGUAUUUACGCUAUCUGUCUGUCUGGAUAGACGAUUUUGUCCAGGAACUGGCCUUCAUGCUGCAGCUCCUCAGUUGCUGCACAAACACUGUGAUUUAUGCUGUGACACAGACCAAGUUCAGAGAGCAGCUGAAGAGUGUGUUGAAAUAUCCCUUUACUUCAAUUCGUCAAUGCAUUCCUUCGUUCUGA